AUGUGGCGUUCUUUGUUCGUGAACUAUGGUAAACAAACAAAAAUUGGAGAAUUCCUGGUGAUUUAACACAUAUUUUUGGGGAAUACCUUGGAUUAUGACGUCAUAAUUCUCAAGGUGGCCAGGUGUUUUGGUGGCAAUUUGCCGAAAAAGGGGUUUCCCGAAGAGAAAACGGGGAGAUAUGAUGAUUUUUAGAAUGAGAAAUGAAAAACGUGGCGCCCUCCGCUUCACGUGAGCAGUUUUUUGUGCGAGAGUCUCUCGGACAGACAAUUCUGAAUAAAUAAAUUGGUUUCGAGCGGCUGAAAAACGAAUUUUUGAGAAUUAGUAAGUUUUGCGGUUAAAAAACUCUCACAAAAUUUCUUUAAAAUCCCAUUUUUAAAGCCAAUUAGCUAUUUCACCCCAAAAUCGCCUACUCUCACAAAAAAAUCCGGAAAAAAAUGAAAAAUAAAAAUUUCGUCACUAUUUACAGUACCACUGUUUCAAAGGCGCAACCACAGCACACAAAUAUCUCGCAGCGUAAAACUCCCGCGCUCCAAUAAAUUCAAAAAAUAUUUUUAUUUUUUCUCAUUUUAACCCGAAAGUUCAAUCAGACACAAAAAACAACAAUUCACAUGAUGUUUCGUCGUGUUCGUUGUUAUCAAAACGGGGCGAAAAAACGUGUGUCACGGGGUUCGCGCAAAUCUCUUAAAGAAGAUUGAUAAGUGUACUAUGAGAUCAUUGGAAAAAAUAAAUAUUUUUCUAACAUGAAAAAAAUCGCGAAAAAUCAAUUAAACCACAAUUUUCCAACUGAAUAGAAAUAGCACGCGCAUGUCUCUCAAUUUCUUUUCUCAAUAGAGCAAAUUCGCUCCAACGCACUUUCCCAUAAUAAACACAUACUUUUGUUGAUUUUUUGGUUUUCAUACCCGAUUUAUAUAGAAAAAGUUGUUUAAAAAUUUAAAUUUUUCAGGGAUUAGUAUUUAAAGGCACAGUACUACGUUUCUCAGUGAGUUUUUCAUCAAAAUUUAGCGGCAAAACUGAUUUUUAAUUCAGAACUUGUCACGGGAUUAUGGGACUUCGGUCACAUGAGCAAUUGGUGGUUGGUGUUGGUGUACUAUUUUUGGUCACUGUCUGUGUCACCGCUUUCUUCUUUUUGCCAGCCGGUGGAGCGGAUUUGUAUUUUCGAGAUGAGCAUGCGAUUCAAGUUAGGGAUACGUUUGUGAGGUAAGGAUUUUAUGGGAAGAGGGUGCUUAAAAGUGAAAGUGCUGGUGAAUUUGAUAUCAAAAGAUAGAGAAUUUUCCACUGAAUCUCGGGAAUCACUAAUUUCCAGACGAAAAUAACAAUUUUCAGUAAAAAUUAGUUAUCAUAAGUUAAAAAAUUCUGAAAAUUAUUAUUUUUUGUUCAAAAAUUUUUCAAUUUUCAUUUUAAAUUCUGGAUUUUUAGCCCAAAAUUUUGACCAAAAAAUGUCGAUUUUUUAUUUGUUUUCCUUCGAAUAUAGUGUAAUGUUUACUCAAUUUUUCUUUUACAUUUUUUUUUCGAAAAAAAACUUGAAAGAGCAAAAUGAGUUCUCUGAUGUUUCUAGACCUGAAAAUUCCCAUUUUUUGCAGAGAACGCGAAGAAGUUCGGAGGAAACAACAAGAAGAAUUGAUUCGAAAAGCCGAAGAAGCCAUUCCAGCUCCAAUUCCAAAACCUGAAAUUGGAGCAGCUGAUGAUGUAGAAGGAAGGAGGACAUAUGUUAAACAGGUUACAUUUUUACGUUUUGAAUUUUGAUUGAAAAAUGCGGGAGAAUAUGGGAAAAAUAUGAAAAUCGAAAAUGUAUGCCUUAAAUUUGUCUGAAAAUCAUGAAAUUUAAGUCAAAAACUACCAGAAUUCCCCGAAAAUUUCUAAAACAUCAGAAUUUCCAGUUCCAAGACAUAAAGUUUGAACAUUUUCUAGAAAAAGCUCAAAUUUGUGAAAAUGUAUCAAAAAAUCACCAAAGUUUACAUUUCUCGAUUUGAAAAACUGAAUAACGAAAACUGAAAAUCCAAAAAUUUAGCUUAAAAAAUGGAUAAAGUUCCUUAUUUGAAGAUAAGAAUUCAGAUUUAAAUGUAUUCUUUUGGUCAAAAAACCUGGAAUUUCAUUAGAAAUCUUCCAAAAUGAUCAAAAAAUCCUAAAAAUUUUCACUCGCUUGUUAUCUCCAUUUUGUUGUUCCAGAUGAUAAAAUUCGCAUGGGACGGGUAUCGUCGUUAUGCUUGGGGUGAAAAUGAGCUGAAACCCAACUCGAAACAAGGUCAUUCAUCCUCAAUAUUUGGAUACGGUAAAACGGGUGCCACAAUUAUUGAUGCGAUUGACACGUUGUAUUUGGUUGGAUUGAAAGAAGAAUAUGAAGAAGCGAGAAAAUGGAUCGAGACAUUUGAUUAUAAAAGUGUUGUGGUUGGUGGAAAAAAUGGGAGAUUUUUGUAGAAAAAAUGGUGGAAUAUAAGGUGGAAGGUCAAAUUUUAGUCCUUCCGAAUCAUGUUUCAGGUUUCUAGCCCACCAAAAACGUUUUUCUGGAUUUCUAGGCCAUAACCAGCUUGGUUUUUUUUUGAUCCUCAGCCAUCUGGGAAAUUCUAGGUCAUCAAAAACCGAAUUUUGUGUUUCUAGUCCACGUUUUAAUUUCUCUCUAUUUCAGAAAGGAGAUGUUUCGGUUUUUGAAACAAAUAUUCGAUUUGUCGGCGGACUUCUAUCGAUUUAUGCAUUGACAGAGGAUAAGGUAAGGUUUUUGGGUGAUUUUCGAGUAAAAACAUCGAAGUUUUAUAUUUCCUCCGUCAAAAUAUUUCGAAUUUUAUGAUUUUCAACCCUAAAUACCCUAUUUUUGUUGCAGAUGUUCCUGGAAAAAGCCGAACAAAUAGCUACAGUCCUUUUACCCGCCUUCGAAACCUCAACUGGAAUUCCAAAUGCACUAAUAAAUGUUCAAAGUGGUCGAUCAAAAACCUAUAAUUGGGCAAAUGGAAAAGCGAUUCUAUCGGAAUACGGUUCGAUUCAAUUGGAAUUCGAUUAUUUGUCAAAUCAAACUGGAAAUCCGAUUUUUGCAAAAAAAGCGCAGAAAAUUCGAGAUGUUUUGAGUGAAAUUGAGAAACCCGAUGGAUUGUAUCCGAUUUAUUUGAGUGUUGAAACUGCAAAAUGGGGACAACGUAAGUGGAAUGAGGGGGAAAAUGACUGAAAAUAUGCAUCUUGGACUGAAAACGAUGAUUUUUACCUGGAAAUGGAGAAAAUUUGAAUGAAACUAAUAGAUUUCUACCUUAAAUUGUGAAAAUUUAACUGAAAAUUAUAACGUUGAUUUUUGAGCUGAAAAACUGAUUUUCAAAAUUAAAUCAUCAAGAAAAAUAGACUGAAAAUGAGAUUUUUGAGCUGAAAAUCAUGAAUUUAAAAUGAGAAAUGAUGAAAAAUUGACUGAAAACGACAUAUUUUAGGCCUAAAAAGUUGAUAUGUCAUCUGAAAAUCAGCUGAAAUUGUGAAUUUUCUAUUGAAAAUCAAUCAACAUUUCUGAAAAUUUCUAAAUUUCCCUAGAAAUCCACCCCCUCCCCCUCCAAAUCUCAGAUUUUUAGAUCAUUAUUCGAUGGGAGCAAUGGCUGAUAGUUGGUAUGAAUAUUUGUUGAAACAGUGGAUUGCGACUGGCAAAAAAGUUGGUUAUUUUUCAAGUUUAGAUCUAGAGCUAACCUAAAUUCCUCAUUUUUUUUUACUUUAGGAUACCAAAACUAAAUUGGAAUAUGAUGAAGCUAUUUUUGCGAUGGAGAAAAAGUUGCUAUUCAAAUCUGAACAAAAUUCACUUUGGUAUUUCGCAAAAAUGUUUGGAACUCGCGUUGAACACACAUUUGAACAUUUGGCAUGUUUUUCGGGUGGAAUGGCUGUAUUACAUUCAAUGAAUGAACCAAAUCAAACAGUUGCAAAACAUUAUUUAGAACUUGGAAAAGAAAUUGGAAAAACAUGUCAUGAAUCAUAUAUUCGAAGUGCGACUGGAAUUGGACCAGAAAGUUUUCAAUUUUCAGCGAGUAUUGAGGCGAAAACUGAACGAUCUCAAGAUUCGUAUUAUAUUUUGAGACCUGAAGUUGUUGAAACUUGGUUUUAUUUGUGGAGAGCGACAAAGGAUGAGAAAUAUCGACAAUGGGCAUGGGAACAUGUACUCAAUUUGGAGAAAUAUUGUCGGGUAAGUGAGUGGGGGAGAGGGAGAGGGAUUUGGGAAAUAUUGAACCACAAUUUUUUACUGGGUGUUAGGGAAGAUUUUCUAAUCUUUGAGAUUUUUAGAACAUUUUCUAGGAUUAUUGGUUUUAAUCUGAAAAAUCCCAGAUAAUCCUGAAAUUAAAUUCAGGUAUUCAAAUUGAAAACUUGAACAUUUGUAAGAUCUGAAGUAAAAUACUUUGAAAUUUGUAAUUUAACAUUAAAAUUAUCAGAUAAUUUGAAAAAUCACUUUGCCAGCUCAAUUUUCGUUUGAAAUUUUAAAUUUAAAACAAAAAAUCAUUUUUCAGAUUGAUUUUAGCUGAAAAUUCCAGAUUUUUGUCUCAUAAAAUCACCAUAAUUUGACAAAAACAUGAGUAUAAGAUCAAAUUUUGAAAUGUGAAAAAAAAGUUUGAAAUUCAAAAUUUUGAAUAAAUGUUAUCAGAAAAUCUUCGUAAACCCGUUUUCGGUUCCAGUUUUGCUGAAAAUAUUAAAUUUUCAGACAAAAAUUGAUUUUCAGUCAAAUUUCUGCUGAAAUUUUAAGAUAUUUUUGUUGGGAAUCUCAAAAAUUUCCCAAAAAAAUGGGUCAGAAUUUUCAUGGUUAUCUGAAAUUUUCAUCUAAAACACAAAAAAUUCUCGAGUUUUACACAAAAAACUCUCGAAUUAUCAGAAAAACUUCAAAAAAUCCAAUUUUUAGUUCAAUUUUCACUCAAAAUUCCCUUUUCAUAAUUUUACAUUUUCAUUUUUCCAGGGAAAAUCUGGUUAUUCUGGAAUUCGAAAUGUCUAUAAUUCUUCGCCAGAUCAAGACGAUGUUCAACAAUCGUUCCUUUUCGCCGAACUUUUCAAAUAUUUAUAUCUGAUAUUUUCCGAUGAUUCAAUCUUGCCACUUGAUCAAUGGGUUUUCAACACAGAAGCGCAUCCAUUCCGAAUUCGACAUUAG